AAUGUAGGCAAUAAGACAUGAUGACUAUGAUUAAAAUUAACUUUUGAGAUAGGAGAAAUAAACGGAUUAAAGUAAAGUGCGCGCAUGAUGACUAUGAUUAAUAUGCAUAGGGCGGAUCCCUUUAGACCGACGGAAGUGAAUAAUCAACGGCUGGAUUAGAAAAGCAAAACCAAAAGCUUAACGCAAAAGAAUAAUAAAUCUGUCCAUCGAGACAAAUGAGACCUUAGCGGUGUUCACGAGACAUUUGCGUUACAACCCACCAAUCCACCAUGGUCCGAUUGGACAAUCUCUCCGACGAAGACUUUGUAAACUUGGAUCUGUCCGAUGAAGAUAGAGCAAGCUUACAUCAGAGCGAUGAAGAUAGUAAAUACUUCUUUCAGUUAUGUGAAGACGAGGUGAAAGGAGUGAAGCUUCCUGGUCACGACCAUCCUAUGUCUUUUCUCGCUCGUGCGGUCUAUUGCAGUGGCUGCACCGAGAUAAAUGAUAGCGGAGGCUACCAUUGCUCUGACUGCGACAUGUACUUGCACAAAGAAUGUGCCGAGUCCCCUUCGGAGAUUAACCAUCCUUCUCACACGCGCCACCCACUCACACUUCUCACGCGUGGAGCACCAGAUGACUCCCACAUCAACUCAUGUCGCUUGUGCGGAGGAAAGUUUAGGAGACUCAUCUACCAUUGCACCGAAUGUGAAUUCACCUUGGAUCCAGCAUGCGCCCGGAAUCCACCACCGCUUAUUGUUUACCACCCAAAGGGGCAUGAGCAUUUACUCACACUCAUGCCUAGGCUUAUUUUCUUUACUUGCAACGCUUGUGGGAUGGUUGGUGAUCGGUCUCCUUAUGUAUGCCCACAAUGUGAUUUCAUGAUCCAUAAAGAUUGUAUCUACUUACCCCGCGUCAUAAACAUCAAUCGUCACCAUCAUCGCGUUUCUCGUACUUAUUUUCUUGGUCUUAGAAAUUGGGUAUGUGGAGUUUGUCGUUUGAAGAUUGAUGGGAAAUACGGGGCUUAUUCUUGCUUGAAAUGUCCUCAGUACGCUGUUCAUUCAAGAUGUGCCACGAGAGAGGAUGUAUGGGACGGGGAAGAACUAGAAUAUGAACCCGAAGAAGAGAUGGAAGAUGUUGAACCCUUCAAGGUGGUAGGUAAGAAUCUCAUUAAUCAUUUUACUCAUGAAGAACACAACCUAGGAUUCAAGGAAGGUGGUGGUGGUGGUGGUGAGGAGAGCAUGCGUUGUCGCGCAUGCGUCCUUCCUAUAGAUCUAGAUUCGUUUUACAGUUGUGUUGAUUGUGAUUUUAUCCUCCAUGAGGUAUGUGCGAAUCUUCCUAGAAAGAAGCGACAUGUACUACAUAACAGCCCACUUACACUCCAGAAAAAUAUUCCACAUCACAAGCUAUACAAGGGUGUUUUUCGGUGCUCUGCCUGCAAAGAGUUCUCUAGCGGAUUCAGCUACAUAGGUUCUGGUAUUCAGUUAGAUGUGCGGUGCGGUUCCAUCACUGAGCCCUUUGUUCACCAGGGUCAUCCUCAUCCCUUAUUUUUCACUUUACCAGAUCCAAAGACAUGCCGGGCUUGUGGCAUCUGGCAAAAUAAGGCGAGUACUGGUCAGCAUUGGUGUGAUAUAUGUGAAACACGAUUGAAUCCCAACAAAUAUUUUUACACAUGUGAAGAUUGUGCCAGCACUCUUCACGUUCACUGUGUGCAUUUAGAAGGCUUGUUACACGUCAAACCGGGGGACAAAUUAUCAUACUUUGGCUACGGUUUUGAGAUGGUUCUAGGAAAUCGCAUCAACAGGCCACGUUGCGAAUCCUGCUACGAGCUAUGCGUAGGUUCCUUUCUACAGAGCACUGACUACAAAGAUAUGUACGCAUGUUCUAAAAGUUGUUUGUAUGAAUUUCCCCAGUGUUGAGUUUUCUAGGAUAUAUAAUGCAGUUCUUAUGUGUCUUUUGAUUAAUCUUUUUUGUAUAAUAUAUAGCUUUCUUGUAA